AGAAAAAUUGUAAGAAAAAGAAAUCUGCUGAUAACUUGAUUGAGACGGCGACGGGGUAUGCAAAGGUUAAAAAAGAGAAACUUGGAGAAAGAGUCAUAGCUCUCCAGCAACUCGUUUCACCCUUCGGCAAGACGGAUACGGCAUCAGUACUUCACGAAGCGAUGGGAUACAUCAGAUUUCUGCAGGAUCAGGUUCAGGUCCUGUGUUCUCCAUACUUGCAGCGUCUGCCUUCCUCGCCCCGUUACUUGCUUGAAAAAGGUGGAGAAUGCAAGGAAGGUGAAUCAACGAAGGAUCUAAGAAGCAAGGGGUUAUGUCUUGUCCCAGUAGAGCUCACGCUACAUGUGGCAGAGACUAAUGGAGCCGAUUUUUGGUCACCGGCUAUGGUCAACAAGUAAUCAUCAAACCAAUAAUUAAGUAGGAGUGUGAAUUUUUUGUAUGGAUGGACAGAUGCUGCAAACUUCAUAAUGUUGAUAACCAGGGGAAACAGAAAAAAAAAUGGCUGUAAACUGUUGCCCGGAUGAAGAAAGAAGUAAAGGUGGUAGGAUGUAGCAGAGUAGCAGUACAUGGUACUCGUAAAUCACUAGAAAAAGAAACAAAAAGGUACAUGGUAGGUACUCGCAGUUAUAGGAUGGCAAAUUAGGCAAGCAGGAGCCUGUGAGUUCACUAAUUUUGUAUUGUCCCAUCAUACGGAGCUGUUGUGAAAAUCUUAUGACUCACUGUAGCCAAGUCAUCCAACCAAAACUCGAAAAAAAAAAGGGGAAAAAGAAAGAAGACAAAAUGACCUCUUGCAUUGCCGUCGUUGUACUUGUGUGUUUUCCUUAUUGGGUUAAUGUGUACGACUUGCA